GUGCUGUGCCCAAAUUCCAUCAGCCCAUCACCUCAACCCCCAACGGCGUUAAAAAUCAAUACCCCAUCAGUCUGAAUGACACCGUUUCCCCGCGUAGUUCCGCGCCCCUCUCUCCCGAAGUCAAAAAAUCCAAACCAAAAAAAGAAGCCGAAAAGUGUCAAAUCGCGGGGACUACUUUCUUCCCUAAAGGAGAGAGGGGGGCGUGCACUGGUCGGCCAUGAUAGGUGUCAGCGGCAAGCAGUGACGGCAUUCGCUCUUUGCGUCAGUCGGUUUUGUGAAGCUGAUGACUGAAUUAAAGCACGUCGGUAUCAUUGUCACCCGUAAAAGCCUCGAAAGACACUCGUUAAAGCCCCGCGAACGGUAGCUAGUCUACUGAGCCCUCAAAAACCGGACAAUACCCCAUAAAAGCCCCGAAGUAACACAACAACAGCUCGCUAAAGUCAUCGGGCCCCAGGGGAGUGAUCGAAACACCGUUAAAAUGACGCAGCUACUGCCCAUAAGGUUUCAGGAGCAUCUCCAGCUCACAGCUGUCGGCAUAAACGCCAACAAUGUCAGCUUCAACACCCUCACGAUGGAGUCUGACAAAUUCAUCUGCGUGCGUGAAAAAGUUGGGGACACAUCGCAGGUUGUUAUCAUCGACAUGAACGACUCGGCGAAUCCAAUAAGAAGGCCAAUAUCCGCCGAUUCAGCAAUAAUGAACCCAGCGAGCAAAGUAAUAGCCCUGAAGGCGCAGAAGACCCUCCAGAUAUUCAACAUUGAGAUGAAAUCGAAGAUGAAGGCCCACACGAUGACCGAGGAGGUUGUCUUCUGGAAGUGGAUAUCGCCGAAUACCCUGGCCCUCGUGACAGAGCAGUCUGUCUACCACUGGUCAAUGGAGGGCGAUUCGACCCCUCAGAAGAUGUUCGACAGGCACGCCUCGCUGAAUGGCUGUCAGAUUAUCAAUUAUCGCACUGAUCCCAAACAGACGUGGCUGCUGUUGAUAGGCAUAUCUGCCCAGCACAAUCGCGUUGUUGGGGCCAUGCAUCUCUACUCUGUCGAACGAAAGUGUUCGCAGCCUAUUGAGGGACAUGCUGCGUCAUUCGCACAGUUCAAAAUGGAGGGAAAUGCCGAGCCCAGCAAUCUCUUCUGCUUCGCUGUGAGAACUGUUCAGGGGGCUAAACUUCACAUAAUCGAGGUGGGACAGCCACCAGCUGGCAACACAGCCUUUCCCAAGAAGGCUGUCGAUGUUUUCUUCCCACCAGAGGCUGGCAGCGACUUUCCAGUCGCCAUGCAAGUCAGCUCCAAGUACGAUGUCAUUUAUCUCAUCACCAAGUAUGGGUACAUUCACAUGUACGAUAUUGAGUCUGCCACGUGUAUAUUCAUGAAUCGCAUCUCCGGGGAGACGAUCUUCGUCACUGCACCGCACGAGGCGUCCGGGGGCAUCAUCGGGGUCAAUCGCAAGGGACAGGUGCUCUCGGUUUCGGUCGAGGAGGAGAACAUCAUACCUUAUAUCAAUGGGGUUCUACAGAAUCCAGAGCUGGCGCUGAGGAUGGCUGUUAGGAAUAAUCUGUCCGGGGCUGAGGAUCUUUUUGUGAGGAAAUUCAACAUGCUUUUCCAGAAUGGACAGUAUGCCGAGGCUGCUAAGGUCGCUGCUAAUGCGCCUAAGGGGAUUUUGAGAACACCCGCUACUAUUCAACGAUUUCAGCAGGUGCCUGCCACACAAGGUCAAACCUCACCCCUCCUCCAGUACUUCGGAAUUCUCUUGGACCAGGGCCAGCUGAACAAAUACGAGUCCCUGGAGCUGUGUCGUCCAGUUCUUGUCCAAGGUCGCAAGCAGCUCCUCGAGAAAUGGCUGAAGGAGGACAAGCUCGAGUGCAGCGAGGAGCUGGGUGACCUGGUGAAGCAGGCCGACCCCACCCUAGCCCUGAGCGUCUACCUGCGAGCAAAUGUCCCCAACAAAGUGAUUCAGUGUUUCGCUGAGACUGGACAAUUCCAGAAGAUCGUACUCUACGCCAAGAAGGUGUCUUACACUCCUGACUACAUAUUCCUGCUGCGGAAUGUCAUGAGAAUAAAUCCAGAUCAGGGUGUUGCUUUUGCUCAAAUGCUGGUGCAGGACGACGAGCCCCUGGCUGACAUCAAUCAGAUUGUGGACAUUUUUAUGGAGCAGAAUAUGGUGCAGCAGUGCACAGCCUUUCUCCUGGAUGCCCUCAAGAACAAUCGUCCCAGCGAGGGAGCCCUGCAGACUCGUCUACUCGAGAUGAAUCUCAUGUCUGCACCUCAAGUUGCUGAUGCCAUUCUUGGCAAUCAAAUGUUCACACAUUACGAUCGUGCUCACGUCGCUCAACUGUGCGAGAAAGCUGGACUACUUCAGCGUGCACUGGAGCAUUACACUGAUCUUUACGAUAUAAAACGUGCAGUUGUACAUACCCAUUUGCUCUCUGGCGAUUGGCUCGUCGGUUUCUUCGGCACCCUCUCUGUCGAGGACUCACUGGAGUGCCUCAAAGCCAUGCUCACCGCCAAUAUACGACAAAAUUUGCAGAUCUGCGUGCAAAUAGCGACCAAGUAUCACGAACAACUCACAACAAAAGCACUGAUCGAUCUUUUCGAGAGCUUCAAGUCGUACGAGGGUCUGUUCUACUUCCUCGGAUCAAUUGUUAACUACAGCCAGGACCAAGAAGUGCACUUCAAGUACAUUCAGGCGGCAUGCAAGAUCGGACAGAUCAAGGAGGUCGAACGCAUCUGUCGGGAGAGCCACUGCUACAAUGCUGAGAGGGUUAAGAACUUCUUGAAAGAAGCUAAAUUGUCGGAUCAACUGCCCCUUAUCAUCGUUUGCGAUCGUUUUGAUUUUGUUCAUGACCUUGUUCUGUAUCUAUACCGUAAUAAUCUGCAGAAGUAUAUCGAGAUUUACGUACAGAAGGUAAAUCCAUCACGUCUGCCAGUGGUGGUGGGAGGUCUCCUGGACGUCGACUGUUCCGAGGACAUAAUAAAAAACCUAAUCCUGGUAGUGCGAGGGCAAUUCUCCACGGACGAGCUCGUCGAAGAAGUUGAAAAACGCAAUCGCCUGAAGCUCCUCCUCCCCUGGCUGGAGUCGCGCGUCCACGAGGGCUGCAUCGAGCCAGCGACCCACAACGCCCUAGCUAAAAUUUACAUCGACAGUAACAACAAUCCCGAGAGAUUCCUGAAGGAGAAUCAAUUCUACGACAGCCGAGUGGUUGGAAAAUACUGCGAGAAACGCGACCCACAUUUGGCGUGCAUAGCAUACGAGCGUGGCCAGUGUGAUCGUGAGUUGAUUGCUGUUUGCAAUGAGAACAGUUUAUUCAAGAGUGAAGCCAGAUAUCUGGUUAGACGGCGAGAUCCUGAUUUGUGGGCCGAAGUGCUUCUCGAGAGCAAUCCCUACAAGCGUCCACUGAUUGACCAGGUGGUGCAGACAGCCCUCUCCGAAACCCAAGACCCCGAGGACAUUUCAGUCACAGUGAAGGCCUUCAUGACAGCCGAUCUGCCAAACGAGCUCAUCGAACUCCUGGAAAAAAUAGUCCUCGACAGUUCGGUCUUCAGUGAUCACCGCAAUCUGCAGAAUCUCCUGAUUCUCACAGCAAUCAAGGCCGAUCGCACUCGUGUAAUGGAGUACAUCAAUCGUCUGGACAACUACGACGCCCCAGACAUUGCGAACAUUGCAAUCAACAACGAGCUGUACGAAGAGGCCUUCGCAAUAUUCAAGAAGUUUGACGUCAACACCUCGGCCAUUCAGGUGCUCAUCGAGCAAGUGGCCAAUCUGGACAGGGCCUACGAAUUCGCUGAGAGAUGCAACGAGCCCGCAGUCUGGUCACAGCUCGCCAGAGCCCAACUCCAGAAGGGCCUCGUUAAGGAGGCAAUCGACAGCUUCAUCAAGGCUGACGAUCCAUCGGCCUACAUCGACGUAGUGGAGACAGCCCAUCGCACCUCCCACUGGGAGGACCUCGUGCGCUACCUCCAGAUGGCGAGGAAGAAGGCGCGUGAAUCCUUCAUCGAGAGCGAGCUCAUCUACGCUUAUGCACGCACCAACAGACUCGCCGAUCUCGAGGAAUUCAUCUCUGGGCCCAAUCACGCUGACAUACAGAAAAUUGGGGACAGGUGUUUCGACGAUAAAAUGUACGAGGCUGCCAAACUGCUGUACAACAAUGUCUCGAAUUUCGCGAGACUGGCGAUCACUCUGGUGCACCUGAAGGAGUUCCAGGGGGCUGUCGACUCGGCGAGAAAAGCCAAUUCCACGAGGACCUGGAAGGAGGUGUGCUUCGCCUGUGUGGACAGUGGGGAAUUCCGUCUGGCCCAGAUGUGUGGUCUGCACAUUGUCGUGCAUGCCGAUGAGCUCGAGGAUCUCAUCAAUUAUUAUCAGGAUCGUGGACACUUUGAGGAGCUGAUUAAUCUGCUGGAGGCAGCACUUGGCCUCGAGCGUGCACACAUGGGAAUGUUCACAGAGCUGGCUAUUCUUUACAGCAAGUACAAGCCACAGAGGAUGCGUGAACACCUCGAGCUCUUCUGGUCGCGUGUCAAUAUUCCCAAGGUAUUGAGAGCCGCUGAGUCGGCACAUCUGUGGGCUGAGCUUGUGUUCCUUUAUGAUAAGUACGAGGAGUAUGACAACGCUGUUCUGGCCAUGAUGCAGCAUCCAACUGAGGCGUGGAGGGAGGGACACUUCAAGGAUGUCAUCACUAAAGUUGCUAAUGUCGAGUUGUAUUACAGAGCCAUUCAAUUUUAUCUUGAAUACAAACCACUGCUUUUGAAUGAUAUUCUUCUUGUUCUGUCGCCGAGAAUGGAUCACACGAGGUCAGUCGCUUAUUUCACGAGAACUGGGCAUCUUCAGCUUGUCAAGCCCUAUCUGAGGUCUGUGCAGGCGUUGAAUAACAAGGCGAUCAAUGAGGCGUUGAAUGGACUGCUGAUCGAUGAGGAGGACUACCAGGGGCUCAGGACGUCCAUCGAUGCCUUUGACAAUUUUGAUAAUAUUGCUCUUGCCCAACAGCUCGAGAAACACGAGCUCAUUGAGUUCAGGAGAAUUGCAGCUUAUUUGUACAAAGGGAACAACAGGUGGAAGCAGAGUGUUGAACUUUGCAAGAAGGACAGAUUGUUUAGGGAUGCUAUGGAGUAUGCCGCUGAGUCGAGAAAUGCCGAGGUCGCGGAGGAAUUGCUCGAGUGGUUCUUGGAGAGGGACUCCAAGGAUUGCUUCGCUGCUUGCCUGUUUUAUUGUUAUGAUCUACUGCAUCCUGAUGUUAUACUUGAACUUGCGUGGAGACAUCGGAUUCUGCACUUUGCUAUGCCGUAUCUCAUUCAAGUCAUGAGGGAGUACAUCACCAAGGUCGACAAAUUGGAGGAGGCCGAGAGCAGACGUGUCGAGGAGACCGACCACCAGGAGCACAAGCCAAUGAUAAUGCCAGAGCCCCAACUGAUGUUGACAGCAGGACCCGGCAUGAUGGCCCCUGGUUAUGCACCACAAGCAGUAUACGGUAAUCCAGCAGCACCCGGUGUCUACGCACCACCGGCGGCUGCUUAUCAGGGCUACGGCAUGUGAGACGGCGCAUUAAACGAUAAAUUUCACAGCGUCGAUCAACAAUAUCCACUCUUCUCAAGGUUUCAAUAGACCAUUCAAAUACGACGUUUAGUUAACUAUUAUUUUUCGUAGAAAUUUAAUCGACCUGAACUGCAGUAACUGAUUUAAAAAAAAACAACAAGUAAGAAUGAACAUUCAUAAAAAUAAUCAGAGACUCUGUUAGAUAGUAUCGAACCCGUUGUGUUCGAUUAUUUUGAUGAAAAAGUUGAUACAAAAAUUAUGGAAAUUCGCUGUUGUCCAUCGAGUGCCCCAUUCACUGAUUCCUCACGUCAGUUGCCUCUCAGAGAACAAUUAUUGUCUGUAAUUAUAAUUUCUCCCGUGCAGUAAUCAGAAAAGUGAAAGGAGAGAUAAUGCCGGAAAAAGAAUAAAUCAAUUCGUUGAACUGAAGAAUUUGUGUCACGUUACAGUCGAUUAUUUUCCAUUCUGACGAGACACUCAGAGCCUGUGUGAGUAUUUCCUCGGCUUAUGUACGUAUUUUCGUUUGUUGAUAUAUGUAUUUAUCGAUGAGCCGUAAAAUAAAAGGAAGAGAGAGAAAAUAAACACGAAAUUGGAAAUUGAGAAUUGAAAAUAGGGAAAAGCGUCGUGGCAUUCUGUGUUAGAAGUACCGUAUUUUAUGGAUCCGCUAUCAUGAUGAAUUUUCCUCAUUUAAAUGCAAAAUCAUUGGUGAAAUAUAGCACGAUUUAUUGUGAAAUUAUGAAUUAUAGUGUUGUUAUCGUCUCAUUGAUGUUACAAGUGACGGAUUUUUGAUUGAUGAGAUGGGAAAAUUGAGUCUUGUGGUUUAGCGUCUAGUGGCAGAAUGAUGUUUUAUAUUCCUUAUGAACCUCUGGCCCAAUGCCCCCCAGCGAGUCUAUUAAUUUUCCUCUUCAAUUGUGUAAUUUAAUUAGAAAUAAAGUAAUUGUUUUCUCGUGGUUUAUCUGGGUACAGUUGAGUAUGAAAGAGUUGUUGAUUUCUGAAUUUUAGGGCCUAUGGAGAAUGUUUUGUUCUGAAAGUGUCUUUCCUACUUCAUUUUCACUAGUAUUUUCUUUUCAAAUCCUUUGGUAAAUACCCCACAAACACUCACGUAACCAACUAAUGGCACCUUUUCUCCCCUCUCUCUCAUACUUUUACGUGAAAGUUGAAUACAAAUGGCAUUGACAAAUAGAAAAUCUUCUCAGUGUGUUUUUUCAUGAAUUUAUUUUGCCCGGAAAUACGGAUGAGCUUAAAAUCACGGUAAUAAUUUCAUUAACGACCGAAUCGAUUCGACAAUUUAUUGAAUAAACAUCGUGUGAUAAAUCAAGCCCCCACGUGUACCUAAUCAAUUAUCUCAAUGAGGUGCACGAAUUUAUUCAUUUACUCUCAUCCAAUUGGAGAUUAAAUUAUCACAUUUUUUUUCUCGUAGUGUAUUUUUAAGUUUAUUAAUUGUAUUUAAAGAGAUCGUUGGAAGCGCCAAAGGAUUAUUCUGUCGUAAUCUUCGGAGUAAAUUAUGAUGGAGGGAAUGAAAGUGUUGGGUAAAUGCACUGUUUGUUUGGGUGCAUUAUUUCUCAUUGAGGUUCGCAAUUGGUGAUAAAAGAUAAUUUACGACAUUCCUAGUGUACGACUUCAUCUGUCCCAUUUAAAAAAAGUAAAAACGAUAGUGAAGAGAAUGAGAGAAACCAUAGAAAUUUGAGUCCCUGAGUUGGGAACAAUGAAUCGAUUGAUCGUGCGUUGUUAAUGGUAUUUAUAUCACUCUUUUUUUCCCUUGGAUAUUAUGAUUUAUCAAUUCGAUAAACUUGAAUUUUUAUUGUCAUUAAUAUUAUAUUAUAUUGAGAAUAUUGGAAAUGAAUACAAAUGGCAAGUUAAACAUGAAUGAUUGAUCAUUAUACAUAAAAUAUAUAUAACUAUAAUUAUAUUGGUAAUUAUGUAAUAUGUAGAUAUACGUACGAAUAAGGUCGUAAAAGAAUGAAAGAAAUAAAGAAAUGAGAAAAAAACAAAGUUGAAAAUAUUGUAGUUUAAUAUCGGUUGAUGGGCUUUUACCUCGGAAUUGUAAAAUUGUAUUGAUUGUAUAUUGAUGUAUCGAAGCAUGAUCCUGAUGGCUAUCGAAAUAAAUGACAGCUUCUGAACAUUAA